UAUGCCUUCAGUUUUGGAGGUAUUAAUGGGUAUUAUAGGCAAUUUUGUCAGAGAACCUUUGAUGUCCAUCUCGAAGAAUGCUACCCUGCCCCUUCAAUUUCCAGAUUAGGCUCAUUAUAGAAAAAAUUAUAAAUUAUCUGCACUUAUCAGUUGCAAGUGCAAGUUACUCUUCCGCACUUUAACUCAUCCAUGUUCAACAGGUAGGCGAAGUUUAUUGAUUCUGAUCGGAAGUUUAGGAAGACACCAGAAAAAUAUACCAAAAAGAAUGGACAACAAAACUCUUUUCGAACCUUUGAAAUCCCAUAGAGGUAAUCAAAGGCCAGAAGAAGACUCUGUCGGGGUUGAUACAAUUAUUGCCAGGAUCGCUGCUCAAAAUUGUUCCGCGUUUAGAAAAGCGAAAAUAAUCGUAGUAAGCUGCUUUAAGGACGUGUUGAACUACGAAACUGAUCUACCUCAAGAUGAAGGGAAAUUCAAUGAGUUUAUAAAAAGCGAUGGGCUCGAGCAUUGGUGCAGACAAUUCAACAUUCUGAAUUCCCUUCGUGAGAAUUUGGCAUUGGUUACUUUUGAGGAAGAUGAAACCAAAAUUGUAGUAAGAAUGGAGAAAUUCACUACUAUCCCAGACAUAAUACAACGAUCAUUCCAUUUUCUGAAAAUUCACCUGAAUGAUGAAAGAUUUCUGAAAGAUAAAGGAAUUAUUCGUCUAUUGUUAGCACAGUUGAUGAAAACGUUUACCAAUUUCUUAUCUGUGAUUGGAAAUGGCGGUAGACCUCCGUAUCUUCCAGCUGUAAUUUCAGAAAUCAUUUAAAUUUUAAAUUUGAAGUUAUGUUUUCAAUUUUCUAAAUGCUGAAUGAUUACUUAGGUAGACACUCAAGUAUAUGUUUUUUUUAAAUGCUAAUUCAUCUCGGAAAUAUGGUUUUGGACGUUUUUCGAAUAUCCUUUACUUUUCAAAACCUUGAAAGCAUGUUCCAACAGCUGUAAAAUCCAAAAUCCAUUUUUCAAAAGGUACUACCCUAGCCAGAUAUUGGGUUUCAAGGGCUGUAUUCAUUCUUAGGGAUCCUUGGCUAAAUGAUGAAUUUAGAAGCAAUUUUUUCAGCCAUUUUUCCAUUAUUCAAUUGAGAGAUUCGACUCCGAUGUACAAUCAAUUUAUAAUUUUAAAAAUAAAAAUUAAUAUGAAAUUUUUAUUCGUACGUGUACGAGAAAAAUUGAAUUAAAAUUCACCAAUUAGCUUAAAUGAUCCCCAAGUAACUCUCUUACGGUAUUUCAUCGGCCAAAAUCUAGAUUUUCGAGAAUCUGUGAUAAUCCGUAAAAAAAACAUUGGUACUUAUUGUACUUAUGUAUUUUCAAUAUUAUAGGCCUAUAUUUUUCAAUAAUAAUAUUUUCUUUCAUUAGUUUAA